AUUCACUGCACAGAGUUACUGCAUUAUAGGAAUGCUAUUCACGUUUCUCUUUCGUGCACUUGUUUUACAAUUACGCUGAAGCAUGACGGAAGAGAAUCUUGUUUGUUCGCUGUGUAGUGCUUCAUUUUCGUCCAAGCAAUCUCUUACGAAGCACAUACACCAACAUUUGUUUUAUCGGAAGUAUGAAUGCGGUUCUUGUGCGGAUUUGUUCUACACGGAUGAGGAGCGUGAAGCACACUGUAAGAAAAAGGGACACUUCCAUACAUUCGGAAUGAGGGUAUCUUCGUAUUGUGAACUGUACGUGAAUCAGUUUCUAAAGGAUAUUGAACAUAUUGCCACAUAUGGGAUUGAUAACGUUGUCAUGCAGAGAAGUAAAGCGAACUUAGCAUGUGACACUGCCAUUAGCAAACUGCCACGCAAGAGCAGUCCUGUCAAGAGAAAGCGCAAUUCACUGUCGCCUUCGCAUCGUGAAACAUCGCUAAGCAAAUCAAACAAUGUUAAAGACUCAUCUGUCAACGAACUUCAUGAGCAUGGUGACCCCAAUGAAGCUGAUGAGUAUCUGGAAGAGCCCUCAACCAGCAGUGCCAGAAAAGUCAAAGAAUCUCGGAAACGCAUUCGCAUGCCUAGUGAUGACUGGAUGCGCAUAGAAGUUGAUAACACUACGUCGAUAUCACCUGCCACUCAAAUUCUCAGCGAAGCUUUGCGUACCAAUGCCCCUGAAGUGCGAUGUACAUUAUGCAAAGCAAUGACGUCCUCUGAUUACGUACUGCGGAAGCACCACGUAUCGUCCGUGCAUAUGCCCAAAGAUCACACUGAAUCUGACUAUGUCGAGAUCUUGAGCGCCCUGAUGCAAAAAGCCUACCCAACAAUGACCUACAACGACUUGCAGUGUCAAAUAGGAGGCUGUCGAAAAGAGUACAAGUGCCAGUCAGCGAGGCGGAACCAUGUGCUACGAAUACAUUUCCAAAAUGAGCUCAGUUGUCCGAUCAAGGCAUGUUCCUUUCGGUCAAACGAUUUCCCUAGGAUAAACACGCAUCUGAAGGAAGAUCAUGGACUUGCGAAUGGCUACCAGUCAAUUAGCAGUGCAGCAGUAAGAGAUCAGUUCAAUGCGGAUAGGGCAAAACACAACCAUCGUUUGACAACUCUGGUUCAGUUGGCAUUCCCUUGUAAUAUUCCAGAGAUAUGCAAGUCUAGUCAUAAGGCUGAUGUGUCCUCUUCUGGAGCUGUUGUACAGAGCAUUAUCACACGUAUACGCGAAAAGGAUAGGAAGUUUCAAACGGCUCCCCCAAACCCGUUGCGUUUGCGUUCUCCAAGUACAAGCUCUGAUUCGGAUUCGUCAGAGACUGAAAAGAUACAUAAGUCACCUAAACUGCGUACAACGGUAUGUGUGAACAAAUCAGGAAGCAUUACCAUAUCGAAAGAUGUGCGGGCAAGUUCUGCAUCCUCUCCGACUGUGGCACCUAGCAGUAUCAGUAGUGGUAGCAGUUCCGAUAGUGAGGAUGCGAAUAGAGCUACUAAAGCGCAUAGUCACUCACUUCUCAGCAAGCAUGAGCGAACGAAGAGCAAACAUGGACAUAGGGAGAAGGUCAACUCUCCAUCAUCGCCGAGCACGUUAGAAAACGGUGAUGGUACCGAUAAGGAAGCCGACUUACAACGCAAAACUGACGAAGAGUUGGAACCUCACAAAGAGAACGAGGAACCAGGAAGCGAUGUUGACUCCCUUUGUAAUAAUGCAGCAUCUGAAAAGUCAGGGUCUGCCGCUUCGGAAUGUGAUGAUGUGCAGGUGGUCGCUUAUGUAUCAGGACCGCCCGCAUCAAGUACUCCUAAGCAAGUAGAGAUUGAAGAAGUUGUCUUGGAGGAUAAUGAUAAAGAAGUAAGAGCUGCAGUCAAAUCUCCAAGCAGUAAUUCUGCAACGAAACCAAAACAGCCAGAGUACAGAACCCUUUCUAUAUCUGGUGUAUCUGUACGAACUGAUGGGGAGAAGGAAUCCUUUUUCCGUCCUGCCGCAUCACCCGGAGUGUCGCGAACUCUGCCUAUAUCUGGCAUCUCCAUCCGUGCAGAUGGUACACCCAUUCGGCCGCACACUGAAUCAUAUCGGAGAUCAUUUCCGAACAUGCGGCAUUCCACACCGCAAAGGUAUACAUCGAGAGCCACAGAACAAUAUGAGAGACGCCGAGAGCUUGCGCGACGAAAAUUUGAUCUCGCUGAACAAAAGCGUAUGCAAGGAAGGAAGAACAUUCCCAAAGUUGAGAAAUAUAACCACGCAUCGAAGAGAUCUGGAACUCCUUCGUACAAAAACUCGAGAGAAUUUCGGGCAAAUUCUUCAACUAGAUCGCCCUUCAAACGUCCUGCAUCUGAAGGUAGCCAUCAUUCGAGAGGUCCCAGUUAUGUCGUUCCUAAGGUGAAGAGAGAAGUAUCAAGUUAUUCGGAUACAUCUCCGCGACCGAGCAACACUUGGCGAGGGAAAAUCAAACGAUUUGAGGAUUAAGUUGUCACAAGCUUUUUUAUUCCCAUAAGAAGAAUCAAGAACUCAAGGAUACGAACUUGGAAUACUCGAUUCCCCCGUUUCUUAGAUGUAAGGAAUGAUUUUUGAAGCACUUUUUCUUGACUUGUUGCCGCUUCCACCAUUGAUUAUGUUCAUAUGUUGGCUAGAAGCUUUUACAUAAUUAACUUGUUUUUGAAUAAUCUAUUUUUUCGGUCCUUGUAUCAUGCUAUUAUGGCUUCGCAACAGUAACUUUACCGCUACUUUUUAUACCGAAUAUUAACUACUUUGUGAUGAUCAUUGUUCGAAGUGUGAUUCUUUUCUGUUCCCAGUUUUGCUCAUUUGACCUUAAUUUUGUUGCCGUUGUUACCUUGUACUUUGUUCGGGUAUUGUUCAAGUUGUUACUGCACAGAAUCAUUGUAAAUAUUUGAGGUUUUGA